AGAAUUCAAACUACGCAAGGGUCUUGUUUGUGGCUUGUAUUUGAGUCUGUUUGUAUGUCAAGUACCAGCUGAAUUGAAGACCGCAGACUAUUUAAAUUUCCAUAAUGAGUUCGAACUGUCGUUGUAUAUUUCAUUGGAAACAUAUUAUCUUAAUUCUUUUAUCUAUUUGGCAUCUACCUUCUACGAGCAGCCAAGGCUAUUUUCCAAACCUUGUGGAUCUUGCCGUACUUAAGCCCAUCAGUUCUUCUUCAACUUGUGGAACAACGUCUAGUAAAUAUUGUCAGUCUUCGACUAGAGCAUCUUCUUUGCAGAUUUGCGAAGAAAGAACGUGUAAAUUUGAUUGUUGUUCAAGCUGCGGCGACAGCAAGCCCGUUGCUAGAGAUUUGGCGGAAUUUUCAAGCAAGCAAGGUGUCACACAAGACGGUGAUCCAAGAAAUGGAUCAAAUGUCAGCUCUUUUCGCUUUCAGGGAAACUCUGUUAUAUUACCUCUUAGGGUUCCUUCAAUAAACUACGUAAACCCUGGAUUCACAGUCAGUGUGUGGAUUAAACAGAAGGCAAGAAACAAAGGGUAGGUAUUAAAGAAAAAGUGAGCUAAUUCCUACUUAAACGCCAAAAGAAUUGUUUAGCUUAGGGUCGCACAUGUGCAAGUGACACAAAAUCAACAGGGUACACAUUUAAUGGUGAUGUAAUGUAUGAAAGAGUACACACUUUUGUAUAUUGUUUAUCGGAUCUUCUUACAACAACUUAUUGAAAUGGACUCGAGCAAGUGUGAUCAACAUUAAGGUUUACAAGGCAAACAGAUUCAUAGAGCUCAGAACUAUUCAUAUUUUAAAUAGCACUUUGCUAAUCAGACAUUUUAAUGUUUAAUCAUUGAAGCAGGCCAGAAUACUCAUAUUUAUGAUUUAAACUUGAGUACUUAGGCCCAAUUCUUACACCACACUUUUCAUGUUAAACUAUUGUACAUGUAGGCCUUUCGGCCAGGGACUGGAAGGGGUUUCACUUAAUCCGUGAAUUGACCGGCAAACAGAGCAUGAAUCGGGAUAAAACUCAUGAAAUACAGUCUUGAUUCGCGAAUUUAUUAUAUUCACUGUGACACAUGAUCCAUUAACAUUGUAGUUUGUGAAUCAAGAUUUCUACCAAUGAAACAGAUGUAAGUAGUGUGACAAGGGUUCAAAGUUAAACCAUGUAUAAGUGAAAAAACUAUUGUUGAGCUUGAUUUUAUAGCAAUAAAAUUCAUUACCAGUCAUCUUUGUAGUCAUCAAACAAAAAGCAGAGAAACACCAGUUUGAUCACCAUACUUUUUGUUUCCUUCUCAUCAUGGGGUCAUUUCAUACCAACUCUUGCCUAUUAUAGUAGUCCAGCAACCACUAUUAAGAAUCAUUGUUGGACUUGAGUUCAUCACCUAAUCUCGCGAUUUGUGAGACCACUCCAAAAGGUAAAGCGACUCGUGGAUGUACAGAUAUUUAACCUGUGGUUCUAGAUCCAUACACCCCCAGUCCUUCCAGAUCCUGUUACCCUUAUAGUGGUGAUAACGGCUGAGACUCACCCAGACACCAAGUCACCCUUUCCUCAGUGGGCUUAUACCUGCCAACUAGCCUAUAUGCCUUAUGGGUGAUUUUUAGGCCUUUGGACUAAAGAUAGUGAUCUCUUGCAUCAGGGACAUCAUGCCUGACUCACAAAUCUGGAUUAAUGGUUAAAGAUCAUAAGAACAUCUUCAGACAACCUUAGGAAGUCUUCAGAAAAUCUUGGGAAAUCUUCAGAAGUCACUGGGAUAUUUUCAAAAAUCCCGGUCAUGACAAGCCCAUUCUAGGCCUGGAUUCACAGCCAUUUUUAGGAAGUAACCACACCCCCUGACCUCCCCCUCCUCACUUCUUGAGGAAUUUUAAUAUAAAUUAACCCUGACUGAAUUUUUUCAUCUUUUCUUUUUGUAACUGCAGGACAAUAAUUUCUAAAGAUGAAAACGCACCUCCAAAUUUUGCCAAUGUAUAUCAACUGGUCAUUCAAGACUACAACCUUAUGUUUUUCUACCGGCCUACCACUGGAAAUGCAUCUGUCACGAUGUAUAACCUUCUGCAAAGUCAAAGUGAAAAACUGCAGCCAGAUGAGUGGCAUUUGAUAACUGUUACUGUUAUUGAUAGAGGAUUGUCAUAUUAUAUUGAUGGAGAACUUAUGAACGCAAAUUAUGCAACUUUGACGGGGCCAAUCUCUGAUCAAGGAGGAGCUAUGCGGAUUGGACAGAAAUAUGGAGGUGAGUGUCUGAAAGGCUAAAAGCACAAGUUGCCCUAAUUUUUAAGGUCAGUUUGAUCUCCUGUUAUUGAAAAAAAUGUGAAGAAUCAGUAGUAAAGGGUGGGAAGUAUAUUUAUUGUAGAGUGUGUGGUGAUUUAAAAGUAAUUAACACAUAAAAUGUAGGAUUUGUACUUCAGUCUAUAAGUCCAGAUUAGAGCCUUGGAAUCAUGUCAACUUUCCUUAGACAAGAAACUUGCUUCAAUUUCACCUAGAC